AUGGUUUUGCAUUUGUUGAAAAGAAAAAAAAAGAUAGGAAAAAUUGGGAGAAAGUGGUUGAGGGUUGCUGUUGCUGCUGCUGGUGCUGCUGAUGAUGAUGAUGAUGGUGAUGAUGACGAUGAUGAUGAUGACUAUGGUGAUGAUGAUGGAAGAUGGGUGGUGGUAAGAAGAAUGAACUGGGAAAAUGGGCAAAAGAGAAAAGGAACUAACGAUUGGGAGUUAGGUCUGAUGAUGCAUCCACACAUUUUUGAAUGGUAA